GGGUAUAUAGAUAAGGGGAUAGUCGUCGCACUUUGUAAAAGCUCCUUGAGGAUUGUAGUAUUGUGCAUUCGUUUGGACGUUGUAACGAGCGCUCAUUCAUUCUCGGGAGACGAAAAUUCAUUCAUUCAUUCAUAUUAUUUCUGAAGUCCAGAAAUUAAGCAAAGAAAUGAAUAAUUAAUCUCAUAAUCAAUUAAUCCUCAAAUCACAAUAUCAAGAGUUAAAACUUUCCAACCCUGCACCCCCCACACUCAAAGAAUUCCAUGAAAUUCGAGUCUCGAUUCUCCCACACCGCCGUGGCCCCUUCCACCGGCGCCCGCAUCCUCUGUAUAGACGACUACAACGACGGCCGCGGCGUCUUCGUGCAAGCCUACCUUGAAUGUCUACGUCUCUGGCAAGCCAACUGUUCCUCAGACCGCCGCUGGAUAUUCAAAGACAUCUCAUCCGCGGGACUCUAUCUAGCCACCGACUUUAGCAAAAACCAUCGUUCUCUCUUCCGACAUGAGCUCCGCAGUCCCAAACAAGAAGAUAGAAGCAACAGUUCUCUGCAUGCAUUUCAACAAUUCAAAGCGUGUGAUAGUUCAGAAAAGCGCGCCAUCUUAGCGCGCGUGGGAACGAGAGAGAUGAGGGGAAUCAAUCGUGAGGAUUUCGGGACCAAGGAUAUGAUAAUUUGUUUUGAUCAUGGGGAUAUGGAGAUCUUGGGUUCGUUGCGUGAUGAAGCGGAGCGGGAAACACGCGAGUCUCAGAAAGCGAAGAUUCAUUAUAUACCGCUUGGGAAGGGAUGGGAAUAUGAUUUAGAUGCAUUUGCGUGGGCAAGAAAAAAUGUUCGACAGUGGGCGACUAAACACUUGAGAUUUAGAGAGCCAGAUGAGUUGAUUAGGAAUGGAAGUUGGAGAACGAUGCAGGUGGUGAUUAAUGAGUAUGUGUGGGUAGCUUUGGUGAAGGACCACGAGAGGAGAUUGAGGAAGAUUGCGGAGAGAACGGAAUGUACUUUUCAUUUUGGCAGAAGUGAUUAUGGGAAGGUGGUUAGUGUUACUGGGGGGGAAAGAGAGAUUGAAGUUGCGGCAAGGAUGAUUUUGGAGAGCUUCUAAGCUAUCGAGUUUCUUUCUGAGCAGUGCUCUUAUUUUCAUCUUUUCUCUUACAAAGCUUUUGACUCAGGUUUUCGGGAUUAACGAUACCAUGAUACAGAUCACAUUAUAUAAAGAUUUAGACUAGACUUGUGCUCAUACCACUGGGUACGAAUCUUGCGAUUCGGA